AGAUUUGGGAAUAUCCCUUAUGGAGCCAUUAGAGGAUUUCGAGCACCAUUCCUUAUGUUUACCGAGAACAUGUUCAAGGUUCUAUACAUCAGCAAAUUUACUUACGACCUGUCCUGGCCGGCUAAUAUUAGGUUUGAUGAGCUUGGCCCUAUGUACCCCUACACCCUGGAUUACAAGUCAACUCAGGUUUGCCCUACCAGUCAACAACCAUGCCCAAAAAUGUCCUACCCCGGCCUCUGGGAGAUUCCAAACGUCAAUCUCAUGAACAAAGACCACACUACUUGUGGUUCUAUGAUGGACGCGUGCGAUCCUAACGGCAAUGAAACGGUGUGGUAUGAUAUUCUGGUGAGAAACUUUCACUACCACUACGAUACAAACCGAGCUCCGUUCGGAAUGCAUAUGCACCCGUCGUAUUUCUAUUGGGGCCCUUCGGGUGACCACAUGGACGCCGCCAAGAAAUUUCUCAAGUAUGCCCAAGAUUUGGGCGAUGUCUGGAUUUUGACGGGUUCCCAAGUGAUUGCGUGGAUGAAAGAUCCCCAAGAUAUUGCGCAAGCGAAAAGUUUUCCACCAUGGAUGUGCCCGACUCGUUCUCCCCCGAGAUGCACGGACUCCACAGCCAACGACUGUCACUACACCAAGCCUCAAGAUUUCUACAUGAAAACCUGCACCAAGUGUCCACCGCAUUUUCCAUCACCUACUGAUCCAGAUGGAAAUUAG